CUGUUUCAGAGUGUCAGAGUCCGUCAGUUCAGUAUUGUGCCAGCCGUCGUGAAGUUUAGACGCGUUUCGCUCCGCGCUCUCGCGUAUUAGGGUGGUUCCCUCUGCUGGAGAUUUUUUGAGAGUGUUGUGCACCGUGAACGAAAAGAAAUUGUGCAGUGCAACCCGAGUAGUGUUAGUGUGUAAAUUUGAGCAGACGCGUUUGAGUGUGUAUUUCUUCAAGUAUUUCUUAGCGAUAAGUGUUCGAUUAAGGCCUGGCCGUCUUGUUUCUUGUUUUUUUUUUUUUUGGGGGGGAAGAUUCUCGCGAGGUCAAUCCGGCAGCGCGCGUCGCCUUCUAGAUUAGUGGAUCACGCAGUAUUACUCUGUACACACUGAGAAGAUGAUGAUGAAAAAGGAAAAGAAUGAGUGAAAAAGUGUGCCAAUCGUUGGAGGGUGCAGUGCUGCCAGCUUGAAAGCGUCACCGAGUUAUGGCAGUUUUCGUUUAGUGUGUAACUUGGUGAUUGCGCUCGCGCGCGCGCUCGAAAAGUAUAAUCAUUUUUGAGCAAAUAUUUGUCGCGACUGAAGUCGACGUCGUCAACUGAGUGUGUUCAGCAGAAAAGAUCUCUCGCAACCUGUGCGGUGUCGCGGUGUAGAACCUCCAGCAGCAAAUAUGGCAAACGACCCUGGACCUGCUAGAAUCAGCGCCUUCAACAGUAGUAGUUGUAGUAGCACCAGCAGAAUAGAAGAAGGAAGCAGAAGAAGAAGAAGCAGUUGCGGUUGUAGAAUCAGCACUAAUGUCAAUGUCAGCGGCCACCUGUUUCUGGCGGUGGCCCUGGCGGUGCUGGCCGUGGCCGGAUGGGUUCCGGCGGUGGGCGCCUUCAACGUGGACACCGUCAACUACGUGCUGUACGAGGAACGGGCCAACUCCAUGUUCGGGUUCAGCGUAACGCUGCACCAGGAACAGCAGCGCAGCUGGGUCAUAGUAGGCGCACCCACGGCCGACACGUCCGACCUGCAGGAGGGUGUGGUGAACGGCGGUGCCGUCUUCCGGUGUGACAUUUCCGAGGACAACCGGUGCUCGCGGGUGCCGUUCGACGCGAAGGGAAACACGUUCAACGAUAAAAACGAGCAGGUUGACACCAAGUCGAACCAGUGGUUCGGCGCGACCGUGGCCAGUGCCGGCGUGGACGGCCCGUUGGUGGCCUGUGCCCCGCGGUACGUGUUCCACCAGUUGCAGCCCCGGAAGGUGGAGCGGGUCGAACCGGUGGGAACGUGCUUCAUCGCCCGGAACAGCAUGCAGCAGUUCUCCGAGUAUUCGCCCUGCCGGACAAUGUACUGGGGUUAUCACCGGCAAGGAUCAUGUCAAGCGGGCUUCAGUGCCUCACUGACGAAGACUGGCGAUCGAGUGUUUGUGGGCGCCCCCGGAAGCUACUACUGGCAAGGACAAGUGUAUUCCAUUAAUACCGACGCUGUGUUCCCCUAUAAACCCCCGCGAUAUGGUCAGUUUGGCGAAGGAGGUCAAAUCUACUCGUUCAGCUUGAACAACCCGCGGGACAAGGUGUACUCGACGGGUGAGAGUACCUCGUCGGAGGAUGACUCCUACCUGGGCUAUUCGUCGGCGACGGGAGACUUCACCGGUGACGGGAACCUGGGAGUGGCCGUCGGGAUGCCCCGCGGAGGUGGCCUGCUCGGGAAGGUGCUGCUGUUUUCGUGGAACAUGACAAACUUGAAGAACAUUACGGGCGAGCAGAUCGGGGCGUACUUUGGGUACUCGAUCGCGACCGUUGACGUGGACGGGGACAAGCUGGACGAUCUGAUCGUGGGCGCGCCGAUGCACACGGAACCGAACACGGAGGGAAAGUACGAGACCGGCAGGGUGUACAUCAUCUUCCAGGACAAGGCGAACAAGUUCGAGGGGAUCGAGACGCGGGACGGGGUCAACUCGAAGGCGAGGUUCGGGCUGUCGGUGUGUUCGCUCGGGGAUAUCAACUUGGACGGGUUUGGAGACUUUGCGGUGGGGGCGCCGUACGAUGGUCCGAAUGGUAAUGGAGCGGUGUACGUGUACCACGGGUCGCCGACGGGUCCGCUGGAGAAGCCUUCCCAGGUGAUCUUUGCGGAGGACAUCUCUGGAGCAUCGAGGAUCUCGACCUUUGGGUUUUCGGUAGCUGGCGGUAUUGACCUUGAUGGUAAUCAGUACCCGGAUAUGGUGGUUGGAGCGUACUCUACGGACAAGGCGUUGGUCUUCAAGUCUCGUCCGGUAGCGGUCAUGGAGGCCAGUACGCUCUUCGAAACCGAGAACAAGCUGAUCUCCCUAGAAGAUCGCAACUGUACGCUGCGCGAUCGCAAGCAGGUCCCGUGCACCGUGGUCAACUCCUGCAUGAAGUACAACGGCAUCAAUGUUCCACCAACGCUGGAUAUUGAGGUAUCGUGGGUUCUGGACUCGAAGAAGCCUCGUAACCCGCGGAUGUUCUUCCUCAACGAGGAAGGUCGCAACAUCCGGAACCAGUCGAUGCGGCUGUACCGGGGGAAGUUGGAGUGCCGCAGCGAGCGGGUCUACAUCGCGGAGAACAUCCGGGACAAGAUCACUCCGCUGGAAGCGGAAAUGAAGUACAACCUGCGCCAGACUGCCUCCAGUCAGCAGCGUAGACGACGGGCGACCGUCGAGCCAAUCCUCGACCAGAACCGCGGGACCGUGCAGAAGGACUCGAUCAACAUCCAGAAGAACUGCGGUCCGGACAACGUCUGCAUUCCGGAUCUGAGGCUGCAGGUCAACACCGUUGACGAGUACCUGCUUGGGUCUGGUAAACUGUUGGGUAUCGACGUUCUGAUCUCCAACUUGGGCGAAGACGCGUUCGAAGCUGGAUUCUACAUGACCAUACCGUCCGAGCUUAACUUCCGACGCGUGGAGAAGAUCGGCGAGAUCAAGGACACCCCGAUCCUGUGCACGACCCCACUGGGUGCUACCAACGGAACGCUCAAGUGUGACAUCGGCAAUCCGCUCUCCAGCGGCAAGGUCGUCAACUUCAAGGUGCUCCUCUCGCCCUCGAUCAAGGUUGGCAUGGCCCCGAGCUACGACUUCUACAUGGAGGCCAACUCGACGAACCCGGAAGCCGACGGUGGCCACUCGGACAACGUGUUCAAGAAGAGCAUCGGCAUCACGAUCAAGACCGAUCUCUCGAUCUCCGGCGUUUCCCUGCCGGAGGAGUUCCUCUACAACUACACCGAGUUCCGUACGCUGGAGGAAGCCGAAACCGAGCACCACCUGGGACCGCAGGUCGUGCACAUCUACGAGAUCCGCAACGAAGGCCCGUCCACGAUCGACGAAGCCGAGUUCUUCGUGCUGUGGCCGUACGAAACGAACGACGGAGAUCCGCUGAUGUACCUGCUGGUUCCACCGGAGACCAGCGGCAACAUCAAGUGCCAACCGAGCAGCUACAUCAACACCCGUGACCUAAUCGUGGAGAACCCUCGCAAGAGCUACCUCGAGAAGGUCGGCGCCUCCUCCGUCAACCACGACUCUUCGUCGUACGCUUCGCGCACGGAGUACCGCGGUUCUUCCGCGGCAGGGUCCGGAAUCUCCGGAAUCCAUCGGGAAACCACGGUUGGUGGAUCGAGCUCUUCGAGCUCCGCUUCCAGCUCUCGCGGCGGAGUCGCUCAACGAACCAACACCGUCCUGACGGAGACCGACAAGCGUCGGCUGGACGCCGAAGAGGAGCAGGAAUCCACCGGGGACGCUUCGUACGUGCAUCGGCAGCGAGCGGAGAGCGCGUCGCAGUACUCGGCGGCGGCUGCCGCGAGUCAGCAGCGAGGAUCGGGUGCUUCCGGUCAAGGAUCGUACAGUCGAGGAUCGUCCGCUUCGGGAUCUUCGAACUCAGAGUCUUCUGCGACGGGAUCGUACAGUUCCGGAUCUUCCAGCCAAGCUGCGCAAGCCGCUUCAAGCCAAGGAUCCUACGCUCGAGGCUCGUCCGGAGCAAGCAGCGGAGGAUCGUCCCGCGAGUACUCCUACUCGAGCAGCUGGAACUCUUCGAGCGUGAACGGUGGCCCGGCGGUCACGUACACGGCCAGCCGGAACCGCACCGUUCAUCGGGGUGAGGACGGUCGGGUGCUGGUCAGCGAGAGCAGUACCGAGUACUACGGCGGCAAGUCGGUGGCGGCGUUCGGCGGGAUCGGAGCGAACGUCGACGGGCAGGUGCUGAAUCGGGAGGACUUUAGCGAUGUAUAUCGGCAGCAGGAGGAUCGCGCGAGCGCGAGUCGUGGAGCGACGUCCGGAGGUUACCGGCAGAGUGCCAACAGUGACGCUUCAAGAUCCGGAUACUCGUCCGCUUCGUCGACUGCGCAGUCGUCCGGGUCAAGCUACGGUAGCGGCAGUGGAGCAAGCCGGAUAUACAAGACUGAAUCGAGCCGUUCGGAGGACGUUAGCCAGGACAUUUCCGGGUUGAGUUCGCGAACUCACGCAGCGAUUCAGGGCAGUGAGUUGGGUGCGCACGGGCGGCGAAGGAUGCACAGCCAGCAGGACGGCGAGGAACAGCGACCGGAUCUGAUUACGGGGGUGUCGACGCUCGAGCGGGUAGCGCAGGGUCGGGGAGGACUGACGACGGGGCUGGAUUUGGGAACGCUGAACCGGCAGAACGUGGACGAGGAGGUGAGACAGAGCAGUGGAGGUAGCGGAAGGUAUUCCGGUGGAAGCAGCUCGACGUACGAGUCGUAUGGAGGGGGUGCUGGAGGAGCAGGUGCCGGAUAUUACGGAGCUCAACAGGCUGGCUCGGCUUCGUCGAGCAGGACUCAGACGAGUUCGUCGUCGUCGUCUUCUUCGCACAGUAGCAGUUCCGGAUCGAGUCAUCGGCAGCAAAGUGGAGGUGGAAGCAGCUACUCCCAGCAUCAGCAUGGAGCGACCUACGGAGGAGUUCUGGGUGAGGAAGAUCUGGACGACUACGAGUACGAGGACGGAGAGGAUGGCUACGACAACGCUGGAUCCAACUAUGGAACAAACUACCAGCAUCAGUCGCGAGCGCACCUGAACCAGGGUCACGACGCCGUAGACCAGCGGUUCAAGCACUACCAGCAGUUCGACCGCCGGCAGCGCCGGCAAGCAGUCGAAGACGAGAACGACCGCGCCCUGGACGAGGCGCUCCAGUGUCGGGCGACCCGGUGCGCCAUCAUCCGCUGCAUGGCCGGUCCCAUCGGCGACAAGGACGUGGCCUUCAUCGGACUGCGGUCACGGAUCGUGGCCCACACGCUGCACAAAAUCUCGUCCGGAUCGUCGAUCAACUUUAGCACGAUGACGGUGGCCAGGGUCACGCGACUACCGUACAUUGGCCGCCCCAAGGAGAUGCCCAUCAAGACGCACGAGAUCCAGGUGGUGGCCAAGCCGGAACCGAUCCCGACGCCGGACGUGGUUCCGCUGUGGAUCGUGGUGCUGGCGGCCUGUGCCGGAACCAUCAUCUUGCUGCUGCUCAUCUACCUGCUGUCGAAGUGCGGUUUCUUCAACCGAAACCGGCCGACAGACUCCCAGGAGCGGCAACCCCUGAACCGAAACGGAAACUAUCACGGCGACGAGCACCUGUAAAAAAAAGGGUGGCCACCCCAAUUAACGUGUGCGAGAAACGCUUAACGGGAGAAAUAUUUCAGAAACGAGCAACGGAGGACGGUUGUGACUGUAGAACAGUCGGGGGGAAAAGGAUUUCAGACGAAAUUUGAAAUUUUAACGAACAAAUUUAGGAAAACAAAAAGAGAAUGGUUACAAUUGAAGCGAAUUGCAGCUUAUUUUCUUCCCUAUGAUGUAAGAUUAAUUUAUUUUUUAUUAUUUUAUUUUUUCGAGUAAAAAAGCGUUCGAAUUGCUCCGAAAAACGAACAAACGAGGUUAAGAAACAGGGCGCACAAGUAUAUUUUAAAGAAACACUAACCGCUUGAUGUGAUUCCAUCGCCGUGCCAACCGUAAGCAGUGUUGCCAACCUUAACCGAUGUCAGAUCUGACAGCGCGCAUAGAGUAAGCGAAAGUGUCAAACUUGAACUAACUAGUCAAUUUAAUUGAAUCUAACCGAAUUUGCGACACACUUUUGAGAGAGAGAGAGAGAACGCACGCGCGAUAACAAUUUUAAACUUAAUGUUGACCUUUCCCCUUAAUAGUGCAAUUAAAAUGACAAAAAAUAGCGGAAAGCAGGAAAAGAGAAUUAUUUUGAAGGCAGCAAAUUUCCCCUUCCCAAAAUAGCGUGUAAGAAGUAAUAAAAUUCAAGCAUCAAUGGUAUCGUAGUUAUUUAUUUGUUAGGAUUUCAUACAAAGUGCCUCUAGAGAAAGAAAAGUGGUUGGUUUCGGUGCCAUUUUUAAAACGCGCAAAACAAAUUAAAUUUAAACAAAAUUGUUAAACGAUUACUUUAGGCGGAGCUAGGUGGCUUCAAACUCAUUACGUAACAAUUUAAAGUGUAUUUGUCCAACCCUUUCUUGUGUAAAUUAUUUACUUAAAAGUUUAAUCGAUAACAAUAACCGUGUAACCGUGUUUGUUGUGGGCACCGUCAUUCGAAAUCGCACGAAAAUCUGACGUUUCAUAAUUCAUGAUUGAGUUGAUUUUGAGCGAUUUUGUGUGAGAGUGCACGCUUUGAGAUAGCAAACUAAACAUUUCUUUCAUGAAAAUUGACUUUUUUAAAUUAAAUUUAUUAUUUUUACGUUUGCUUUAGUUUGAAAUCGACUUCACUAAUGAUGAUAUUCACGAGUUGACUGUAAAUAUUUGUCUUUUUUUUCUGUGCAAGUGAGCAAAAAAAGAACGAGAAAAUGAAAAUAAAACGUAUAACACUAAA